CCGCGGCGCGAGUCGGCGACGUUACAGGCGGGGGGAGCCGAGUGGGCGUGCGAGGUCUCGGGCGGAGGAGCGUCCCCGUGUCUCCGCCCCCGCGGCCUCAGCCUCAGCUCGGAGCGGGGGCGGUCCCCUCGCCCCCUGACCCUCUCCCCGCCUGCCCGGGCUGUGCUCUGGCCGGGGUCCAAGUGGAAGGGCAGCGGUCGAAGGAGCCGGGCCUGAGUUAGGGGAGGUGUGUGCGGGGCGUCCAGCCUCGCCCUCCCAGCAUGGAGUGGACUCAGUGGUUCUGCCUUGGGGGAGCUGCUGCCUUCCACAUUUCCAUGGACCCUUCUCCGGUGCUGGUCUCCCUAGGGUCAGAUGUGCUCCUGCAGUGCAUUUUCCCUGCAGUGGGUAAGGAUAUGCCAACUCCCACUGUGUCCUGGCACCAUGGCCAGUGGCGCUUGGCAGAGUAUGAUGGGAUCUUGGUGACCCAGCGUCCGGGCACAGAGCUACCAGAAAGUGCAGAGGGCCUACGGAAGGGUAAUGCUUCCCUUCUGCUCCAUCGUGUGUCUAUGGCAGAUAUGGGCUCUUACUACUGUACUGUGACAGUUGGGAAGCAGCAGGCAGAAGCUGGAGUCCUUCUGGAGAUUUCAGGUUCCGACCUGCAGAUCUACACAGAGCCCUCCUCUUGGGUGACUGUGGGUUCUUCAGCACUGCUUAAAUGUCGAUUCAGCAUAGGAGAUGUGAUUGAAUUGAGUUCACUCACAAUACGUUGGUAUGCACCAGGGGGACAACUUGUAGCCCAAUUUCCACCAAAGGAGGAAGAGGAGAAGGAAGAUGUGGGUGAAGGGUCUGGGGGGCUAACAAUCUUAGGCUCUUUUUCUGAGGCAGAGCUGCUUUUGGGCAAUGCCUCCUUGACAAUACUCAGAGCCCAGCCUAAGGAUGCAGGACUCUACAGCUGCAGUGUGGGAUAUGGAGGUGAAGAACGGCACAGUGAGAGCCUCUUCAGUGUUAUUGCUGCCCCCCACAUCUCCUUGUUUCCAGUCCAAGUCUCUCUAGGAGAGAAGACCACCCUCCUGUGCCAGAUCAAAGGUUUCUACCCUGCAGGGGACCUUCAGGCCUGGUGGCUAAGGAAUGGGCAGAAGCUACCAGAGGCCAUCCCUAUGGGGUCCCCCACAGAAAACCCUGAUGGCACAUUUGAUUUGGAGCUGACCUUAAAUUUGACCCUGGAGUCCCAUGACCUAGAAGCCAACUUUACCUGUCAUGUGACUCACCCUGCUCUGGAACAUCCCCUGCAACAGAUAUUAGAGAUGGAGUUCAAAGAAGAAAAAUGGUGGGAAGAUGUUCAGAACAACAAUAGGACAUCAAUUAGCAGUAUCCUGAUCACCACCUUGGGUAUUACUGUUCUAGGUUUUGCCAUCAUCCACAGCAUGAGGAGGAACAGAGGCCUAGCGGAAGAAGAGCAGGAGCGGGGAGAGGUCCGGACAGUGGCAGAUGGAGAGGACAGGGAGCAACCUCAAGAAAAAUCUGACUUCCAGUUCUCUAGAAGAAACUGGGAGGUGGAGAAAUUGUUACCAAGGGAGCAUACUGAGUCUGAGGAACAGAUCCUUCAGGGAAACAGAAAAGCUGGAUUCAUACAGGGCUAUAGAAAGACUGUGGGGGUGAUGGAAGUGAGGUAUGCGAGGAUGGAGAGACAAAUCACUGUAGAAUGUAGAAAGACUGAGGAUAAGAUCCUGGUAUUAGAGAGUGAUGGGGAGGGCCAGGUCCUGAUGGAGACAGGCAAAAGUAAGGGAAAGUACUUAGAAGGAUAUGGAGAGAGUGAGGGACAGGUUCUGGAAGAAGUUGAAGUGUCUACUGAGACACAAUUUCAGAAGGCAGAUGCAGUAAGAACUGAAGGACAGACCCAGGGAGGGGAUAGUGAAGGACAAAUUGAGGGAAGGGAUGCUGAAGGACAGGCCCAGGGAGGGGAUGGUGAAGGACAUAUUGAGGAAAGGGAUGCUGAAGGACAAAUUGAGGUAAGGGAUGCUGAAGGACAGGCCCAGGGAGGGGAUGCUAAAGCACAGGUCCACAGAGGGGAUGAAGAAGCCACUGAAGGACAUGUCUCUAAGGAAGUUGGGGGAAAUGAAACAAGACCCAUAGGAGGGGAAGGAGAGGCCAUGGAGCAAAUCCCAAGUGGAUAUGAAGGGAUGAAGGGACGGGCCUCAGGUGGAAAGAUUGAUACUCAGCCAUUGAGGACAGACGAAGAUCUUUCAGAACAAUCCCCAGGGGCAGUCGGAGACAGAGGUUCUUCUCCAAGCUGAAGACAUCAUCCAGCCCCAGAUGAAGAGGGCAAGGGGGCAGAAAACUAAGUGGCAGAAAUAGUCAAGGGAGGAAUAUGAAGGAAAGUUCCGCCCCUGUGCCUCCCGACUUUGUGACCAUAAGUUCCAGAUAAAUUGAUCUGAAUGGCCGUCUUUCAUCUCUUGAGGUUCUGGUGAUGUCAGAGCAGCUUAUUUGGGAGUAGAAGUGGCAUGGGGGAGACAGAUGUCAGUUUGAGUUUUAGAAAAAAAUAGGUAGAAUGCCUGAUGAUGUGCUCUCAUUCUUUUCUUAAUACUUCUUGGAGGAGGAAAAAAAAUGAGAGAACAUGUUGCUUAGUGUGUGAAGGAUUCAGCCAGUUGAGCCAUGGGGCAGGGAAGCCAAUGCAUCCUUUGAGAAAGGGGUGGAAGGCUAUGCCAAAAAAAAAAAAAAAAGAAAAAGCUGGAAUUGAAAUUAUAGAACCUUGCCACAUAGGUUGCAGGGAAGGUAUCAUGGAGAAAAGUUAAAAUACUUUUCAUCGAGUGACUUUAGGUAGCUGGAACAGCCUAGUGUCUUUCUUUUUUAGGCCAGAGAUUGAGGGAUUUGGGGACUGAAUGUAAUUAUUGAAGGAUAAUCUUAGGAAAUGUCCCCAGUCCGUGGUAAUUGAGUACACAGUAGUUAACAUUUAAGUUUUUGACCCUAGACACCCUUUAUAUCUCCUGAUGUGAAGGAGAUGGUUCCAUUAUUUUGCAUGAAUUUGAGAUUCAUUCUAGCACCCACCUGCCUGAUUGCUUCAGAUAUAUUUGUUUAUAACUUGGCAUGAAUGAUAAGGUUUUGCCAAAUGAUAAUCUGUCCCAUACAUCAUUCCCACAAGUUUAAAACUGUUUACCUGACUUA